AUGGACCUGCAGAAUUAUUCCUUGGUGUCAGAAUUUGUGUUGCACGGCCUCUGCACUUCACAACAACUCCAAAACUUUUUCUUUAUAUUUUUCUCUGGGAUCUAUGUGGCCAGUAUGCUGGGCAACCUCCUUGUUGUGGUCACUGUAAUUUCUGACCCCCACUUGCUUUCCUCCCCUAUGUACUUCCUGCUGGGAAACCUAUCAUUCCUGGACAUGUGGCUGGCCUCAUUCGCCACCCCCAAGAUGAUCAGGGAUUUCCUUAGGGAUCAAAAACUCAUCUCAUUUGGAGGAUGUAUGGCUCAGAUAUUCUUUUUGCACUUUACUGGUGGGGCUGAGAUGGUGCUGCUGGUUUCCAUGGCCUAUGACAGGUAUGUGGCCAUAUGCAAACCUUUGCAUUACAUGACUAUGAUGAGUCGGCAGACUUGUAUCAAGCUGGUGUUGGUUUCGUGGGUUAUUGGAUUUGUGCACUCAAUUAGUCAAGUGGCUUUUACUGUGAAUUUACCUUACUGUGGCCCCAAUGAAGUAGACAGCUUCUUCUGUGACCUCCCUCUGGUGAUCAAACUUGCCUGCAUGGACACCUACAUCUUAGGUAUACUUAUGAUCUCAGACAGUGGGCUGCUUUCCAUGAGCUGUUUUCUGCUCCUCAUGAUCUCCUACAUUGUUAUCCUCCUCACUGUACGACAGCGGCAUGCUGCUGGUGGAGCAUCCAAAGCACUCUCUACAUGCUCAGCACAUAUCAUGGUAGUCACACUGUUCUUCGGGCCUUGCAUUUUCAUUUAUGUGUGGCCCUUCAGUAGAUUCUCUGUGGACAAGCUCCUGUCUGUGUUUUAUACCAUUUUUACUCCACUCUUGAACCCCCUUAUCUACACUUUGAGAAAUAAGGAGAUGAAAGCAUCUAUGAAGAAACUACGAAAACGGCAAGUGACUUUUCACUGA